GAGGCUGGGAACAUGAUGGGCUGACAGGGGGCUGAGGGGAAGUUAAUUGACUAUAUACCUAAUAAAGGAGGGUCCUUUGAGCAAUGGAUGUCAGUGGUGUCUCUCUCGCUAUACUUCUCUCUCGCUAUACUUCUCUCUCACUCUCUUUCUCUCACUCAAUCCUUCAUUCUCUGCUAUUUCAUUUAGUCUCUUCUCCCUCACAAUCUGUCAAACAUUGAGGAGUUGACCCAUUAACCUCUCUUGGGUAGGGGGCAGUAUUUUCACGUCUGGAUGAAAAGCUUACCCAAUGUAAACUGCCUGUUACUCAACUAGGAUAUAAAGUUUCUACAACUGUUAAAAUUAUGUCUGUGAGUAUAACAGAACUGAUAUGGUAGGCGAAACCCAGAGGACAAACCAUCCCAAGAAAAAAAAAAUCAGCCUAACACUGUUUUCAAUGGCUGUCAUUUUUAUUAUAAGGCUAAAUCCUCCCAGAAUGCAGUUCCGAGGGCUUCCUCUAGAUGUCAACCGUCUUUAGAAAGAGUUUCAUGCUAGUUUUUGGAAAAAUUAGCCCGAAAUGGUAGUUUUUCUAGGUGGCUCCCAUUUUGGCUGUAGUGUUUCCAAGCGAGUGGAAGAGAGCGCGUUCUUUGGUAUUUUUCUCCGGUAAAGACGAUAAUGAUUCUCCAUCUUAAAUUUGAUAGUUUAUUUACGUAUUAGGGUACCUAAGGUUGGAUUAUAAUCGUUGUUUGACUUGUUUGGAAAAGUUUAUUAGUAACGUUUGGGAUUCAUUUUGUAUGUAUUUUUAUGGAGGGAAACUGGGUGGAUUAUUGACUGAAGCGCGCCAGCUAAACUGAGUUUUAUGGAUAUGAAGAAGGGUAUUAUCGAACAAAAGGACCAUUUGUGAUGUAACUGGGACCUUUUGGAGUGCCAACAGAAGAAGAUCAUCAAAGUCCACCUAAUCCCCACUACGCCCAUGGGUGAGGAGCGGCCCCACCAGGGUCAAGGCCAGGGCCAAGGGAAAAGCAGGAAGAGAGUGAUCCCUGUCCCCCACACAGAGGAUCCUGAUCCAGACCCCAUCACUGAGGCGUAUGGCUACUGCAACAUCCCCAACCGCUCUGAACAGUCCUGGGAGGGACACAGCCCUGUGGACUACAAGCUGCUGUCUGUCCAGGUGAUGAUUCGCCAUGGCGACCGUUACCCCCUUUACGCCAUCCCCAAAACCAAGCGGCCUGCCAUCGACUGCACCCUGUCCCCAAAGGGGAAACCCUCCCACCCCCAGCUGAAUUCUUUCAUUGGUCACAUGGCCCAGGGGGGGCGUGGCCGCUGGGAGGGGACUCUCAGCUCGUUGCCCCGCCUCCCUAACCACAGCGCCUGCGAGAUGGGUGAGCUCACUCAGACAGGUGUGGUGCAGCACUUACGCAAUGGCCAGCUCCUUCGCCUAGCCUACAAGCGUCACAAACUCCUCCUGCCCAAUUUGUCGACCAAGCAGGUGUGGGUGGAGACUACGGGCAGGAGCCGCACCCUCCAGAGCGGGAUGGCUCUUCUGUAUGGGUUCCUGCCAGACUUUGACUGGAGCCUUCUGACAGUCCACCACCAGUGGAGCACGUUGUUCUGUGGUUCAGCCUGCGACUGUCCUGCCAGGAACCCCUAUCUGGAGGAGGAGCAGAGGAGACAGUACCGCCUCAGAGCGGCAGACACUGAACUGGAGAGGACCUACGCAGACAUGGCCCGUACGCUAGGUCUGCCCCCGCGCCAGCUCAGAGCUGCCAACCCUAUAGACUCUCUGCUGUGCCACCUGUGCCACGGCCUGUCCUUCCCCUGUGUGUCAGCAGGGAGUGCUCUCGGCAGUGGGGGCUGUCUGACUCUGGCCCAGUUCGCUGUGAUCCGGAGGCAGCAGUUAGAGGACGAGGUGGACAGGAGGCGGGUGGGACUGUAUCGCCGCUACGCCGUGCUCGCCACGCACCCCUACCUCAACCGCACCGCCAAUCGGAUGGAGCGCGUCGCCAAGGCCUACGCUCGGGGACGAAAACCCCGCGCUGGAGGAGAGGAGGCAUUCACCCUGUCCUCGGCUCAUGACGUCACUGUCGCACCACUACUAAGCGCUCUGGGCUUGGAGGAUGCACUCUUCCCCAGGUUUGCGGCGAGGGUUGUGUUUGAGUUGUGGAAGAGUCCGCCCGCAACGCAGGGACAAUAUAAGGGGCAAGGCCAGGGUCAGAAUAAGGCUGCUUGGUUGAAAGGGGAGAGGUCAAAGGGUGGUAAUUGGGGAGACAUGUUUGUGAGGGUUCUGUACAACGGAGUGGAUGUGACUUUCCAUACCACCUUCUGUCGCUCACAUGACCGCAAUGCCGCACAGCCGUUAUGCCCCCUGGGUAAAUUCCUGUCGUUCGUCAAGAAAGACAUGUUCAAUAUCCUCAACGCCACGUCCUACCACAACGCCUGCUACCGACAGACAGGCUGACUGACAGAUGGAAGGAUAGAGAGAGAAGGAGAAGAGAAUGGAGGGAGUUAUAAUUUAGCUGAUUUUGGAAUUUGUUAAUAGCUCUUUUCCCACUUUGAUGGUAGUGUCCUUUUGACAUUUUCUAAAGUCACAAACAUUCCUAGAAAGCAUAAAUGCUGAUCAUACAUAUCACUGCAAAAAUACAUAUUUUCACCAACAAAUUCCUAUACACAAACACACGUGCUCACAUACUUUAUACAUACUCUUCAUGCCUUCUUGAUCAGAUGUCUUUGUCGAUAAAGUUUGACUUCUAAACUGACAGCCUUGUGGUGUUGACAAUCACACCAGGAUACUUAACCUGCAAUUAUACACAUUUCAACAUUGACCUUUCUACAAUUUCUUAGUUUUGGAAAUGUUUGUAAGGAAUAGAGGUGGAAGGACUCAGGCACUUGAUUCACACAUUCCUGCAUUCCAACUGGGAAUGUUGAGAUUCCGCUUUUCCCAAAUUCCUGCAUUGAAAGGGGAACGUUGAAACUGGAAACACUAAACUGCCAUUUAUAGUUUGUCUUGAUAUUGUCUGACAUUUUGAAUAAAAUGGUGCUGGAGACCAAUAGAAUUAGGGUCAGUUUUGCUGUACAAUUAAUUUAUUUUAGUUUACUCAACCACAUACUUUAAGCAGAAGUAAAUUUCAAUGUUAAGAAUUAAGUCAAUCCAACAAUUUACACCCAAUGCACCUUGGUGAAGGCUAGAAGGCUAGUUGUUAUGGUACGUAGAUUCCACUGCUGCUGUAAGAUGGUAAUGACAGUUAAUAAAUAUGUCAUCAGUAAUUGUAAUUUCUGUGGACAUUUUUUUGAAUGAUGCUCAUCAGUUUGAAUAAUUGUAAUUUUGACUAUAAAGCACAUUACACAGUGGGCCACGAAGUAAUAAAACAUGUUUCCUCACAA